AUGUGCAUGAGCAAGAGCCUUGGUCGUAUUCGUAUACAGAGAGUUCCAUACUCAAAGCGAAUCCGUAUGUUCACAAUCUCCAACGAAUUGGAAAGAUGGUUGGCACAGCAUUGCUUGGAGAAUAUGGAGAAGGAAAACAAAGGGAGAAUACUUGGUGCAACACACCCACACAGUGUUCGUGCGCAAUCCAUAUUGAGAAACAUAGUUCAAGGAAUGCACACUGGUUUAGAGCUUAAACGUGACUGCUGUGUUUCAGGGUAUGGAUCGAAAGACACUUUACUUGUAUCAAGGGUACACCAGGAGGAGAGCCAAACGAGGCCUAAGAAAUCGAUCAUAAAAUUUGGGACUAUGCAUUUGGAAGGAUUGAAUUGGCAGGUGGUGGCGGUGGAAUCUUCUGAUAAAAAUGCUGCGUACCUCUCCAACGGGAAGAUUGUUAUUUCUAAAGGGUUGCUUGACAUUCACAAUUCAGAUGCAGAAAUAGCAACCGUUCUAGGACAUGAGGUUGGGCAUGGUGUGGCAAACCAUGAAUCAGGAUUGUGCGCGACUUGUGUCCUUCUAUGGCUGUUUUCUCGAGUGCCGAUACUCGUAAUGACAGCAAAAGGAGUAUUUAUGUACCUAUCACGGAUAGAUUUCGAUUUUGUUGAAGUUUUCAUUCCGUGCUUGAAUGAGUUGAUUGGCAAUUUGAUCUGA